UUGCCCCCAUUCUCCUCUCAUCUCCGCAAUGCUCACUUCCAGCGUAUCCCUCCAUGCUACACUCUUCUCCAAAAUGCAAAACACGCUUGCAGCUGGAAUCCUAAAUAAAACGUCUAUGCGCAUAAGAGUGCAAGGAGAGAAAGAGUGAAGAGGAACAGAACUGUGAGCAUAAAAAACGGCGAAAUAGUUGCAGUUUAAUUUCAAAAAGUAACACUGCAAAACAACUUUAUAAAUUGAAACAUCAUAAAACAAGGUAAAGUACGGUGUAAGAUUAUACGAAGAAGUGAAAGUAAACGUUAAAGGAAUAGAAUGGAUAUGAAGGAGAUUGAGGGGACGGUGUGGGUCGUUCUAGUGUCGCAGGACGAGAGGAAAUUGGCGGAUGAAAAAUUACUCAACAUUACCUCGGCUUUACCCCCCUCGUCGUUACCCUUGCCCCCAACGACGACGGCGACGUCUGAAACCUCUUCCACCUGCACCUCCAACAUUUCUCAAGACUACGUAGCCCUAACCCCGUCCGACCCAUUGGCCCCGCCACCACCCAACCCGCCCAAACCCAAACCUUACCCUUGCCCCAUCUGCCUUUCCGUCGAGGUCAAUCGCGCCUUCGCGAAACCUUCCCUCCUACGCGCUCACCUCAACUACCAUAAGCGCGUGGGUCGCGCCAUCCUCACCGGAGUGGGGGUGCGAAUUCCCUCAUCCAAAGAUGCCGAUGGGCUAUUCACCUGCCAAAUUUGCGAUGGGCGGACGUUCACUAAAGCCAAAGAGUUUCGGAGCCAUCGAAAUUUCCAUAGUUUUUUGAGAAAGAAGUACGGAGAAGACAGACCGAUCCGUAUGAGGGGAGAAGUAUUCGCAUCGCGUACAAUCCCGAUACAGGAGAAGUACACCUGUUUCUACGCCAACUGUGAAAAGGAAACCGACGACCGCCAAAAAUUCUUAGACCAUUUGAAAUUCCACCGCCGCAAGGAACGCGAAGGUCGAACAACGUCCUCACAUUUAGGACAAAGACGCUCCUCCAUUCCUCGCCUGGAAGAAUACAAAUGUUCCAAAUGCGAUAAGGUGUACCCAGGAAAGUCCCGGGAUGCUUAUCGCUACCAUAUGCGCCGCCACGACGAGCUGGAGAAAGCAGAAGAAAAGAGGAAACUCCGACUGGAACGGUUACGCCCGGACAUUCCGAUGCAAGACUCGUAUUUUUGUGAAAUGUGCCAAAGGACGUUUACGGACAGGGUGCAGUACGUGAACCACUUAAGGGCCCACGCCCGCUUGGCCAGGGAGGGCCAGGACAGACCCAUUGCGGAGAAGAGGGAGAGGAACGACCAGGAUGACGAGGGGGAGGAGGAAGACGAACAGGAUUUAUAUUGCCAGACUUGUGACAAGAAUUUCAACGAUAAGGGCAAAUUUAGGGGUCACAUGUCCUAACACCGCCAACUCCAAUCGCAAGGCCCGACCACCCUAUCACCACGCCUCCUUCCGCCUCCACGUGGAAGUCCGAAAUCCCCCACGACCUCCCCUCCUACCCCUGCCCCACGUGCCCAGACC